UUGCAUUUCUCCGGCGCAGGUCCCCGUCAUGGCGUCGGACCGGUUCCUCCGCUGCUUCUUGCUUCUGAUUCUCCUUUCAGGGCCCGCCUUGGUGACGGCGUCGUCCUCCAUCGGUAUCAACUACGGCCAGAUCGCCAACAACCUCCCGUCGCCGGACGACGUCGUCCCCCUUGUCAAGUCCGUCGGCGCCACCCGCCUCAAGCUCUACGAUGCCGACCCCGGCGUCCUCCGCGCCUUCGCCGGCACCGGCGUCGAGUUCACCGUCGGCCUCGGGAACGAGUACCUGGCCCGGAUGAGGGACCCGGCCCAGGCCCUCGCCUGGCUCAAGUCCAACAUCCAGCCUUACCUCCCCUCCACGAAGAUCACCUGCAUCACCGUCGGCAACGAGGUGCUGACCCUCAACGACACGUCCCUGACGGCGGACGUCCUCCCGGCGAUGCAGGGCCUCCAGGGCGCGCUCGCCAAGCUCGGCCUCGACGACCAGGUCACAGUCACGACCCCCCACUCGCUCGCCGUCCUCGAGACCUCGUACCCGCCGUCCGCCGGGGCGUUCCGGCAAGACCUCGCCGCACCCCUGACGGAGAUCCUGAAGUUCCAGGCCAAGGUGGGCUCGCCGUUCCUGAUCAACGCCUACCCGUUCUUCGCCUACAAGGCGAACCCCCGGCAGGUCCCGCUCGAUUUCGUGCUCUUCGAGUCGAACCCCGGCGAGGUCGAUCCCUCCACGGGGCUGCAUUACGACAACAUGCUGUUCGCUCAGAUUGACGCGGUUCACUCGGCCCUGGCCUCGCUGGGGUUUCGGAACCUGACGCUGCACAUCUCGGAGACCGGGUGGCCGUCGCGAGGCGAUGCGGAUGAGGGUGGCGCCACCCCGGAGAAUGCCAGGAAGUAUAAUGGGAAUCUGAUGAAGAUCAUGGCGCAGAAGAAGGGGACGCCGAUGAGGCCGAAUGGAGAUUUGAACGUCUACGUGUUUGCCCUGUUCAAUGAGAACAUGAAGCCCGGGCCGACGUCGGAGAGGAAUUACGGGUUGUUCAAGCCCGAUAGGACGCCAGCAUAUACGCCAGCAUGUGCAAUCGUCCUGAACGGAUGCAGCGAUGCCGGUGGGAAUGGGACGAUUCCCUCGAAAUCUGGAUCCCCACCGCUGGCCGCAACAACACCAGCUUCCACGAGCACGAGCUCUUCCACUGGUUACUUGUCCGUUUCUUCGGGCGUGGAAAGAUGCUGUUCUGCUCAAACUCUCUUCGUCUUGUGCCUGGCUACAAUUAAGCUGCUCUUUUGACGGCAAAACCGAGUCAGAAUUACAAGUGCUUUGGAAGUGUCAUCGAAAUCAGCAGUUUAUCAAAAGCAAAAAGAGUCAAAAAGAAGGAUGUCGGACACAUCUUCGGCUGAUGAUGCAAGGUGAACUUCUGUUUCCCCUGCUUGCAAGCAAACAUUGGUUUAUUUCACUGCAUCAACGCUCGCACGCUAGAAUUACACUAAUGAGCCCUAACCAACGUAAAUAGGAGAGAGAUUGGAUAUUGUAGAGCUGAGAUCCGGCAUUUCAUGCUCAACAUUUGCAAUCCAGUCGCUAUGCUGUAGUUUUUUGAACAUCCAUUAUUUAGUUAUGGUAUGCUAGGAUCAAUGUCGGAGCUUCUAACGUGAAAGCAGUCAUCUAUCUUCAGACUGCAAAUCACUAUUUGUGUUCAUCUCUGUAUAAUGUAUUGUACAGGGGAUAUCUCACUUAGCAAUCAAAUUGCCAUGUUCCUAUUUUUAGAAUCA